AUCCUUCGCGUUCGUGAUUUCAAGAGCUCUCAAUGAAUGCGGUUCAUUUGGAACAUGAGCUUCCAAUCCUUUGAAGUGGCUCUAGAGUGUCUCUCGUAUUCGUUCCAGCCUCUAAAUCAUGUCCUCCACAGUGAUGAAGGAAGAGAGGAUUGAGUCUUGCCUGGAAAAAGAUGAUCCCCUUCCCGACCCCGAUCCAAGCCAAAGUCACUAUCCUCAGCCUCAGUCGCCUGUUAAGUGUUGCCACAUCCGGAAAUCGUUAGUGAAUUCCAUUGUGAGUAUGACUACCAAUGCCACUUGCGGGAAGACUGUCCAUGCCAUCUUGGAUAUCAAAAUGAAGAAGAAGGAGGAGGAAUUAGCGGCUGUGGAGGCGGCAAAAAUUAUGGAUCGCAAAGAUGACAUCCGGAAACAACGCACUGAUUCAUUUAAGUACCGAUAUAUUCAAUUGGAAAAUGGCGUACGACUGAUGCUCGUCAGCAAUCCCAAGGCCACAACUUCAGCUGCAGCCUUGGACAUCAAAAUUGGAAGCUUCUCAGAUCCACUUCAUCUCCAGGGGCUGGCUCAUCUUUGUGAGCAUGUCUUGUUCACCGGAUCCGAGGGCUUUCCCAAUGAAAGCUUCAGCCAUUUUCUAGGUCAACGAGGUGGAAGCUCGAAUGCGUACACGGCUUCAGAACACACCAAUUUUCACUUUGACGUCCCUUCGCAACAUUUCGAGGAGGCUUUGGCUCGUUUUGUGUCGUUUUUUGAAUGCCCUAUCUUCCGCGAAACAAGUGUUCAAAGUGAGCUGGAUAUUGUUCAAAGCGAGCACGAAAAGAAUCGUUGGAACGAUUUGUGGAGGACUAACCAGGUUGAAAGGACCACGGCCAAUGAGAACCAUGCUUUUAGCCGUUUCUCCACUGGAAAUCGUAAAACGCUCACUGUGGAUGAACAUGCUCACCAUAACUUACGAUAUGAGCUCUUCAACUUUUUCAAAACCAACUAUUCAGCCAAUCUUAUGACAGUCUGUUUGGUUCACAACCGGAGUUUGGACCAAAUGGAGGAACUGGCCAAAACAAACUUCCUCCGGAUCGCGAACCGGAAUAUCCCCGAAACCAUCUGGCCCAAUCGACCCUUCAAGCCGAGUCAGAUGAAGACGAAGAUCUACAUUGUGCCUGUGAAAGAUGUCUACCACGUCAAUCUGACCUUCCCGUUGCAAGACUUACAUCAACAUUAUCGAUCGAGCCCGGAGGGAUUCUGCGCCCAACUAAUAGGAUACAAGGGCCCUAAUGGGUUAUUUUCUUACUUGAGAAAAAUCGGCUACGCUCACCAUUUAGUGGCCGGAUGGAAAAACCUGGCCCGAGGUUUCUCGUUCUUUAUUAUCACCAUUCAGAUGACGGAAAUUGGGGAGCGCUAUGUGGAUGAUAUCGUCAAGGUUGUCUUCCAGUACUUGAACCUUUUGCGAGCGAUUGGUCCGCAGAAAUGGUUCUUUGAUGAGCUUCAAUAUUUGAGUCAGCAACAAUUCGAGAGCAAAGACCUGGAGAAAGUACAAACUUAUGCAAGCAACGUGGCCAAUUGGCUCCAUAUUUAUCCCCCCGAGGAUUGCCUUAUUGCCGAUUAUGUUUUUGAAGACUGGAACCGGGAUGUGAUCAAGCUUGUGCUUAAACACUUGGUGCCAGAUAAUGUUAGAGUAACAAUUCUCUCCAAGAAGUGCCGGUACUUCACGACAAUGGUGGAACCACACUUUGCCACUGAAUAUCACGUGGAGCGCAUUGGAGAAGAAGUGCUCAACGUAUGGAGAAGUUGCGGAAGAAACGAGGAGCAUAAGAUGCCAAGUCCAAACAACUUGAUUGACAAGGAAAUGAGCAUGGUUCCCACAGAUGGUAUCCGGGAAUCAGGCCUACCUGAUUUGUUGAUCUAUCACAAAAGGAUCAACUUUUUAGCAUGGUUCCUUCCAGCCACCUCGUCGAAACUUGCUAAAGCGUUUGUUUGUGUCAAGAUUUCUCAUCCGGAUCUUGCCUCAGUCGAUGCCACUUCAUGUGCACUGAAGAAUCUUUUUGUGGCCUUGAUUCGCGACACCUUGACUGAAUACGCCUAUCAAGGAGAGUUGGCAGGUAUAUUCUACUCUUUGAAACCCAUCAAGACCGGUUUGGAACUUUGUGUUCGAGGAUACAGCGCAAACCAACACAUCUUCCUCAAGAAUGUGCUCAAAGUCCUCUACGCUUAUGAAUUCGAGCAAAGCCGUUUUGAUCAAGUUCUUGAGGUCCAAAUGAAGAACAUGGCCACCGCAGAUGGAGACUCUUUGAAGGCUCAAUCCAAGUUCUUGUUAGGAAGCAUUUUGUGUCCCAGAAACUACUCUCGGAAGGAUCGGUUGCAUGCUUAUAAAAAGAGUUCCAUCUCAUUCCAUCACAUGAUGGACUUUGCCCACAACUUUCGGUUACAUAACCACCAAGAGUGCUUCUUCUAUGGAAAUCUGACAACUCAUCAAGCGGACGUUUUAGCCAACACUAUUCUGGAGGCUCGGAAAAACUUCUUGGAGCAACUAGCUCAAGCCAGAAAUGUUCAAGUCGAGUCAAAUUGCCUUUUGGAAGAAUGGUUCGUCAAGAAUCCAGUUGAGCGGGUUGUGAUGCUGGAAAAAGCCUUAUCAGCUAAGGCUCAAUCAAAGGUGGAGUGCGAACAUCUCAAUGGUAUUCUGGAGCAAAAUGUAGAGACUAUUUCUUGUGAUGCGAGCCUGAACCAAGAGAAUAAUUUUAUCAGCCCUGAGGAACCCCAAACCAUGGAAGAUAAGGGUGACCAGAGUGAAAACUCAAAUUCCAUGGAUCUGAACCAAGAGGUUCGGCUCCAGCCAACUACAAAUCAAACAGGAUAUCUUUGUCUCGUUCAUAAUGAAAUUCAAUCUUCCUCGUGUGUCCUCCACUUCCUUCAAUUCCGAGAAAAUACCCCAGAAAAUCACAUUUUACUAGAGCUCUUCCUUCAUUUGGUACGCGUCCGCCUCGUUUCUAGUAUGAAAUACGUCGUGCCCCUUGGAUAUGUGGUUGGUUGUGACAUUCGACGUAUCAACAACACCUUGGGAUUUCGAAUCAUUGUGGAAUCCCAAUAUCCUUUGACGUUAGUCAAUGAGACAAUCGAGAACUCUCUGGCCGACCUCGGCGAGUAUCUUGAGAGCAUUGACGAGGAAACUUUUCACAUGAGCCGAGAGGCACUGAUCACGACUAAGAUUGAGUCACACAAGCGAUUCCGGGACAAGGCCCUCAAUUUCUGGAAGGAGAUCCUGGACUCAUCCUACAAUUUCCAGCGUUUGGACCAAGAGCUAGAGUGUCUUCGCCACUUAGACAUGAAAUCGCUCCUACAAUUCUAUCGAGACUGGAUAGCCAAGACUGGAAUAGAGCGUCGUUGUCUAAUCCUAUCCAUUGGUCCCGAUCCGAUUUUGAAUUGUAUCGACGGUACGGAAGCGUUCCAUUUGGGACAGGAGAAGGAGAAGGUUUACGAGUCCUGUGAUACGUUCAGCACGCCCAGCGAGACCCAAUUGGCAUCGUGGUACCAAAUGGUGUUUGAACGUCAAGACUUCGAGUAUGACCCCCCAGAGAGCUCAACAAUAACCUGUGAUAAGGCGGAACCUUAGCAUUGUUCAAUUCCCACAACUUCUCGCCACCCUCAUUGUUAUAUCUUCCCUUUUUCCAAAAUUCUUGUUCUCAUUUACUCUUUCUUGGGAUCCAUUUGUUCGAAAUAUCACGAUUUACUCCUAUA